UCAUCAGUAAUAUAUAUAUUUCAACAAAGGAUGCCUAAACAAACAGCAACUUUCACCAAACCCAGAAUUUCUAUUCGUUAAGAUUUUCCAAUUAAGAUAUUUUAGCAAAAUCCUUUAUCUAUUUAGUUCCAGAAAGGAAAGGUUGUUUUUUUUACCUAUCAGGAGUUAAAAACCUGAACAGGUACUUUGGUUGCCGUAUUCAGAUUUUUCAUGGGAUUUGAAAAAAGCUUGCCUUCAGAAAGAUUUGUGCAAGUACAUAGCGCAAGGUGGUUGUGCUUCUUAAGAGAUUUCAUUAAUUUUGAUAGCCAAGAUGAUUGUAUUUGAGCAGGAUCCUGAUGUUGUUCGAUGGGGUCUCCAUAAUCUAAUACAGGAUUGUACACUUCCGAAUUCUGGUUCGUGUUAUGCUGUUACUCGUCAUGACAGGGAUACAUUUAAUGCUGGGUAUGUUAGAGAAAAUUAUAAUGAUCCAGAAUAUGCAAAUAAUGUGGAGAACGAUGCUGUUAUUGCUCGUGCUCUUCAAGAAGAACUUUCACGGAUUGCUGAUGCGGAAUCAUUUGGGUUAAAUAACGCUGAACAAGAAUCAAUUAUUAUGCAGCUAUGGCCUUGUUCUCAUGAAAAAUACCAUGGUUCUGAGCACAAGAACAGUCAGGAAGUCACAAAUGAUCACUGUGAAAACAAAACGGGUGUUGACAAUCACAGCAAAAAUGUAGCAGAUGACUCUAGCAAGAAGGAUGAAACAGCGAUCCCUACUUCAUCUUCUAAAAGUGAAGAAGAUUCCCUUAAUAUGGAAGAGUUGGCAAUUAAUUCAAACUUAGCAAAUGAAUACGCUCUUGAUGGUGAAGUGGGCAAGAGGAUAAGCGAUAUGGUUCCUAUUCCUCUUGUUCCUAAAACUAAUGGAGAAAUACCAUCAGAAGAUGCAGAGACAUCAGAUCAUCAAAGGCUGCUAGACAGGUUAAAGGUAUAUGAUCUUGUUGAGAAUAAGGUUCUAGGAGAUGGUAACUGUCAGUUUCGUUCCCUGUCAGAUCAACUCUACCGUUCUCCUGAGCACCACAAACUGGUGAGAGAACAAGUUAUUGAUCAGCUCAAGUCUCAGCCGCAAAUGUACGAGGGCUAUGUUCCUAUGGCUUAUGAUGACUAUCUGAAGAAAAUGAGCAAGGGUGGUGAAUGGGGUGAUCACAUCACAUUGCAGGCUGCUGCAGAUUCGUAUGGUGUCAAGAUAUUUGUGAUUACUUCAUUCAAGGAUACAUGUUACCUCGAGAUCCUUCCACAGGCUCAAAAGUCCGAUCGGGUUAUUUUCUUGAGCUUUUGGGCGGAGGUGCACUACAAUUCAAUAUACUCAGAAGGAGAGCUACCGCAGUUGGAAUCGAAGAAAAAAGACUGGUGGAAGAUUUGAAGCUGGGAACUUCAUCGGCAAAGCUCAUAAGAAGAUGCUUCUGUGCUACAUGAAAGCCUUUUCAUUUCAUUUUCAUACAAUGGCCUCGACAAAGGAAGUGCAGAAUGCAAAUGCCAUACUGCUACUACUUCGUCACUUUUAGCUACCUUUGUGCAUAUUACUUCCAUUUAGAUUUGACCGCCAUAGUUUCAUCCUUUGUAUUGUGUCCUGAUCUCUUCAUUAUUUUUCGUUCUUGUUUCCGGCUGUUCUGACUGUACAUAUUAGGCAGGGCAACUAAGGGUUUUUUUUUCCCUUCAUAGCAGAACCCGGAGACACUAUUCUACUUCUAGAACGUAUAUUAUUAAAAUAAAUCGUAGUUGCUGUA